AAUGGCUGUGGCUGAUGAAAGGAUCAGAGAAGAAUAAAAAAUUUGCAAAUCAAACCUUAAACAUUUCAUUAAGAUAGUAAUUUAACAAUAUUAAAUGGAAACCUAUUUUGCUUGGCUUAUGGUAACAAGCAUGUUUACUAGUUCUUUAGCAAAAAUGUUCAGGUACUUACCCAGUCUCAUCGUGGAUCACUUCUUUGUAUGAAAAUCUAAAGACUAUCUAUAACAUCUGCUCCACAGAUGAUUGCGCUAGUGGGUGCACCAAAUCCUCUUUAUGGUUAGACUAAUUGCCCUUUAAUAUUAAGUACACUGCUGACUCUCAUGUAAAAGGCCAUAACUUCUAAAUUCCCAUACUAAUAAAAAAGAAAUUCCUUGAUUGGCUUUCUCUCUUUUCACUCUAUAAAUACCUGCACAUCAGACCAGUGCCAAGCCAUCUCCAUUCAACAAAGCCAGAGACAAUAAUGGAGACUUUUCACCUUCCUGGCAAGUCAAGUUGCCUCUGGCUGUUGCUCAUCCUGCUCACUAUCACUGCUUGUGUUGAUUCUCAUCCACCUGCAGAGACUCACUACCAUGAAUUUGUUAUUCAAAAUACACCAGUGAAGAGGCUGUGCAGAACUCUCAACGUACUCACUGUCAACGGGCAAUUCCCGGGGCCAGCAAUUGAAACAAGGAAUGGAGAUUCACUUGUUAUCAAAGUAACCAAUGCUGGAAGAUACAACAUUUCAAUACACUGGCAUGGUCUUCGAAUGCUGCAAAAUCCAUGGGCAGAUGGACCUAGUUAUGUGACCCAGUGUCCAAUCCCCCCAGGAGGAACUUACACAUACCGCUUUACUAUCAAUAACCAGGAAGGCACACUAUGGUGGCAUGCUCAUACUGGAUUCCUCAGAGCUACUGUCUAUGGAGCUUUCAUAAUCUACCCAAGAUUGGGGUCUCCUUAUCCUUUCCCAAUGCCAAAGCGAGAAUUCCCCAUCCUUCUUGGGGAAUGGUUCGAUAGGGAUGCAAUGAGUCUCUUAAGGAUGACACAAUUUACAGGGGGACCCCCAAAUGUAUCUCUUGCAUACACCGUUAAUGGUCAGCCUGGUGAUCUCUACAGAUGCUCCAGCCAAGAUACCGUACGGAUUCCAGUAGAACCUGGUGAGACAAUUCUCUUAAGAAUAAUCAACAGUGCACUUGAACAAGAACUCUUCUUUUCGGUUGCCAACCACAGGAUGACGGUUGUUGGCACUGAUGCUGCAUAUACCAAGCCUUUCACCACAACAGUUCUGAUGAUAGCACCAGGCCAGACAAUCAAUGUCCUUCUCACUGCUGAUCAAGCCCCAGGUCGCUACUACAUGGCAGCACGUGCCUAUGAAUCAGCCCAAAAUGCUCCCUUUGACAAUACCACCACUACUGCAAUCCUUGAGUACAACUCUGCUAGCUGCAAGAAUUGUGGACAAAAUUCAAGACCAAUAUUGCCGGCUCUGCCAGCCUUUAAUGACACAGCGACUGCAACUGCAUUCAAUGCUGGACUCAGGGGCCUUUCCCAGGUUAAGGUAUUUCAAGAUGUUGAUGUGAGUCUGAACUUCAUAGUGGGGUUAGGAUUAAUCAAUUGCACCAAUCCUAAUAGCCCCCGUUGCCAAGGACCUAAUGGAACUCGCUUCACAGCCAGCAUGAACAAUAUUUCUUUGGUACUCCCAAGAACUACCUCCUUAAUGCAAGCAUACUAUCAAGGAAUGCCUGGUGUCUUCACCACAGACUUUCCUCCUGUUCCUCCGCUGCAAUUUAAUUAUACAGGGAAUGUCCCCCGAGGCCUAUGGACACCUGCUCGAGGAACUAAGCUCUACAAGUUGAAAUAUGGUUCCAAGGUGCAACUUAUUUUCCAGGAUACGAGCAUAGUAACACCUGAGGACCACCCCAUGCAUAUUCAUGGAUACCACUUCUACAUAGUUGGUUCAGGUUUUGGCAACUUCAACCCAGCAACGGAUCCUGCUAAGUUUAAUCUUAUUGAUCCACCUGUGAGAAACACCAUAGGAACACCUCCAGGAGGAUGGGUAGCCAUUCGUUUUGUUGCUGAUAAUCCAGGAAUUUGGUUCGUGCAUUGUCAUAUAGAUUCACAUCUCAAUUGGGGUUUGUCAAUGGCAUUCCUCGUAGAGAAUGGAGUUGGACCGUCACAGUCAGUUAUACCACCACCACCAGAUCUACCAAGAUGUUAAGAUGAAGAAUACAUCAUUAGUUAUAAAUUUUAUGCUAAUGAAAUAUUGGCUUGCUGUUUGCAUAUUCUUCAAAUAUUUUCUAAAUAGUAAGUGUGGUUUUCUUUAUUGUGUGAUCCAUGUAGCCAGCCUCACCUAGUGGGAUAGGGCUAAUUGUUGUCGUUAUAUAGUCAAUGUGGUUUUCCACCUUCAUUCCUAGUCCAGAAUAGGAUGAUGCUCAAUUGAGCAGCUUACUUGUUUUCCCCUGAUUGUGUAAGCCUCUUGAAAGACAAAUAAAAGAUGAAUGGUUUCUUAUCAUUUGUACGAUCAGUCCUUUUGUUCAGGAAAAAUAUGUUCCAUUCUGGCAAGUUGAAAGUCAAGGCUGCAGACAUAAAUUCUUAGAAGAGAUUCCUGGGUGGAUUAUGUCAAUUAAGUAGGCCAAAUUAGUUAUGGAUAGGCAUGUAUACUGACAAAUCGGAGAUUGAUGUCCAAUAUACUUGUAUGCUUGUUCAUGAUUAAUAGGAUCUGCCAACCUUUGGUAGACCAAGGCUACCACAGAAUUUUCCUCCAAUUUGGUCCUUGUCCCACAGUGGCAGAAUGACCCACAUAAUAAGGAAGCAAACACGUAAUUUAGCCAGACCUGCAAAACGAACUGAUGCAUAUCUAGUUUUCAGGUGGCCACCAUGAUGAUGCGCGGAUACCUAGCCUGAUCUAACAUCACAAGACCUCCUUAAUUGGGUUAAUCAAAUCAGCAGAACGCAAUAGGAUCACAAUAUAUGAUUUCUUAAAGAUAAUAAUAUAUAAUUUGUAUGGCUGUAUUUAGUCGUCUGAGAAAUGAAACAUACUAUUCAUGGCUAGUGAGUUGGGUAAAUUUGCAGGGUUUUUUUUUUUUUUUGGGUGACAACUUUUUAGAUAUUUUAUCACAUAUAACGAUAUAUUGAUUGAUUCUGAAAGACCAAAA